GGUGUGCGCAGCUCGGCGUUUUGCACUUCAGACUGCCACAGUGCAACUGGAGGGUAUUGGCCUGUUUCUUUCGUUUUGUUGGUUUGCUGAGUCCGAGAGGCAUUCACCCCGGAGCGGCUUUGUGCGUCUUGGCACAGCCGUGGUGAAGCGGUUCUGUCCCCCAGGAACCAACUGUAAAAACACGGUCCCGCGACCCUGCGCCGCGGGCGACUAACCAACCACUCGGCUUUUCACAAAACUCACCACCGUUUCGGGAAACAAAGAACAACAUACACCCCGCCCUCCGCGCUGGGCACACCGAUUAAAAUAAGGAGGGGGAAAAAAACUUGUGUAAAUCGAGAGCUCUACAUUUCCACCUCAACACGGAGUUCGAAUUCAUUGUUCGGUGUUGAUUGAUGCUUGAUCGACAGUCUGUGGCCGGUUAUUUAGCUACGUGUCGUCCCAGCACCCGGACAUUCACUUCUUGGAUAAGAGAGACCAAAUCUCGGGAAAAGAAUUUACUGACGGUCCUAACAGCUGUUUGCGCAUCGCCACGUGCACAUCUACCAGGCUUCUGGAAAAACAGGAAAACAUGAGGAAACUUAUACUCGUACUCAUGGUGCUGUCAAUUUGCGUUGCCUUGGCAACGGCGGGCAAGAGGAGCCGGGACAGGAAAGACAGACGCAGGGACGGGAAAAGAGCUCGGCCCCAAGCUGACGCGGCUCAGCCCGAGAAUCCACCAACCGAAGAUUCCCGUGGCACUAAGCAGGAGCAGGCCCCGACUCAGCAUCCCUCCAACCAGCCUGAGCCCUCAGCCGACGUCCAGCGGCCCACCGCCGCCGAGGACCGGUCGAGCCCCCGGUGCAGCGAGUGGCGGUGGCAGCCGUGCGAGGUCCGCCAGGGCCGGUCUUGCGGCAAGGGCGUGGAGCGGGCCACGCGGGAAGGCGAAAACUGCAAGAAGAAGGAGCAGGCCCGGCCCUGUCGCGUGCCGUGUACAGACCGGGAGCAAGCCGGGAACGGAGACAGCAGUGAAGGCAGAAGGAAAGGAGGUAACCACGGAGAUGGCAGAGACCGCGGUGCUACCGGGAGUAACGAUGAAGGAAGGCAGAGGGUACCGAAAAGACAGCGAGAAGAAGCCCCGGUGGAGCUCGAGGAAAACACCGGAAAGUGCAAAUACAACAAGAAGGACUGGACAGAUUGCGACGUGCAGACUAGUCUCCAGACCAGGCUCUACCUCCUGAAGAAGGGUGACCCUGAUGAGUGUCCUGCCAAGAAGAUCAUUACCAAACCAUGCGACAAGUACCAGCGGCGACUGGAGAACAAGAACAAUUGUGAAUACGUGCUCGGCCCGUGGAGUCUUUGCAACGCCACCACCGACAUGCGUGAGAGACACGACACGCUCAUCGACCAGACCAAGCAAGAGGCCGGCUGUCGUCUGGUGAGGGACGUCCACCAACGAUGCGCAGUAGCUUGUGUUUAUACUUGGGGUGAGUGGAGCGAUUGUGACGAGGAGAUCGGAAAACGGUCGAUAACGGGCACAUUAGUGAGGGAAGACAUAACCCCUGCAGAUUGUGACCAGACCAUCACUCGAACUAAACCGUGCUAUGGAAAGAACGGGACUGAAAAAUGCUUCUUCGGUCCUUGGAGUGGCUACGGAAAGUGCGUCGAUGGGUACAAGCUUCGCACACGAAAGCUUCUUGUCGGAGAUAGACGGUGCGAACUGAGGGCGAGUCACGCCAUUCCAUGCAAAGGCUGAUGGUCAAGCUAAUCACCGUAGGACGCCCUCUCCUGACUCAAAAAUCAAAAAAAUCCUUAGCAACAGCGUUUAGAUUCCUGGGGCAACUUUUUACCCACAGAGCGAGCCAAUAAUCAAGUUGGUGGUUUGCCACAAGUUAUUGCAAAAAGGUAAAUGUCAAAGAACUUUCUUGCUUUCUGUGUUCUGUGAAUCUGUUCACAUUCGUCAUAAUAAUAGACGACCUUUUUGGAUUUUAAACGCUGAUGGCGCCGUUUAUUUCAGUGUGACGAGAGGUGCAGCCUGCGGAAUUCCAUCGGACGCGCGUGUAAUUGUGUUACUUUUGUCAAAACGUAUUUCCUAUUACUGGUAAUCAAUGUAUAUAACAAUAAUAAAAGUCAUCAUGUUUGCAGAUUUUGUUUGCCUUGGCGUAAUAGAAGUAGUGUUAUGAACUAGUUUUUCGUUUUAUUUUGUUUUGCUUCUUAAACUUCAUUGAUGAUCGCCGUAACUAUAUAUGUAUUACUCAUGUACAUGUGAGCUUUAGUUCACUGCAGAAGCAAGUUAUUGUAGAAUUUAGCCAAGUUGCUAAUGAUUGAAUGAGCAUAUUUCACAAUCAUUGUAAAUACCGUGUUUAACUUUAUUUCCAGCCUUGCUUUGUUACUUACUUUCCUCCACUGUGUUGAAAUUAGCUGCCACAUAUGUUUUACAUUAUGCAUGGUACCGUGACGAAAAAAAGAGGAAAAAAACAGUUUCACAUUACGGCAAGAAAUUAAUGGUUGCACUUGACGGAAAAGUUCAAGCACGAUUGCUAAUUUCGUAAAUAUUUAUUUAUUAUUUUUGGUACUUUUUGUUUAGUAUUUUUCUGUUUUGUAUUGUUUUAUUUCUUGUUUUGGAUACUGACCCGUCAUUUCUCAUAAUCAUUCAGUAAGUCUUGUUUACAACGUCCGUUUAAAGGGAUCAAUCUAGCAAGCCCCGCCCAUUUCUUACGUUGGCGCUUAGCACGUGUAACUCUCUUCCGGUGCCCCACGUUUUACAGCCGUGCAUGCAUGUCAAACAUAAGUAUCCCGACUGUGACAGGUCAGAAAACAAUAUGGGGCGGGGCUCAGUGGAUUGAUCUUGGCAGCAGUCAAAUGGUAGCGAGAUCGACACAAGAUGACCAGAGAUUCCGAUCGACGUUACAUUUUGACUUUGGAAACUGGCUUUGAAAAUCGAGCUUUGUGGUGUACUUCGACCCACCCCUGACUUGGGUUUGAAACUUAUACUCACAGCAAAAGCUUGUCAUGUUGAAGAGAAAAAAGUACUUUGUACAACGGCAAGAAUUCACUUGUCAAGUUUUCAGUUGGUUUAAAUAGGCUGUAGUGGCGGAAAUUCAAGUUGUGCCGGCAAUUGGGGGAGAUGGCGAAAUGCGAAAGUCGGGGAGAGGGGUUGACUUGCUCGGCAAGCGGGGGGAGGGGAUACCCUCUAGGACUCUAUACAGAGGUCGAUGUUGAUGAUAUCUGGAUCUGUGACUCUGGUAACACGGGCAUCCGCAUCACAUCAGAUGAAGUAUUCAUGCAGAAUCAUACAUCAUCACAAAAUGGGGGGGGAGUGAUUAGCCCAUCCCUCAAUUCAAAAGUUAUCGUUAGGCCUACUCUGUUACUACAGAGCUAUAAUUUCAUUUCUUUAAGGAAACUGUUCCCGGUAAAAGUUUCAGAACUUGAUGAUUUUUGUAAAAAAUUUUCUUGUCCAAUUUUCUGAUGCAUGUGUAUAGCCUUUCUCAUAUUUCUGUACAUUUUAAUUAAGAGCAUUAUAAUAAUAACGAUACUAAUCUUGA